UUGUGAAACUUUGAACCUCACACAAACUUUGGCGAUAAAUGGCCGUGAUUAUCAAAAGUGGGUGAACAAGAAGAAACGCGGAACUCCGGUGUUGACGGUGUGAAGCUGCUGGACAGGGGCGCAGCUUUACGCCGUUUUACGCUCAGACUUCAUCAACAUGUCCCCGCGCUACCUCAACAAAGUCGUUAUAGUCACCGGAGGAUCCAAAGGGAUUGGCAGAGGGAUCGUCAAAGUGUUCGUGGAGAAUGGUGCAAAAGUGGUGUUUUGUGCACUAGGGGGUUCAGCUGGUGAGGCUCUAGAGGCGGAGCUAAACAAAGCAGGGCCAGGCUCCUGCACAUUUGUCACAUGUGACAUCUCCAAAGAAGAUGAGAUCAAGAGACUGAUUGCGGUCACAGUGGAGCGCUGUGGACACAUCGACUGCCUGGUCAACAACGCUGGGUGGCACCCACCUCAUAAACCUACUGAUGACACCACAGCAGAGGAGUUUAGAGAUCUGCUCAAUCUGAACCUCAUCAGCUACUUCUUGGCUUCUAAAUAUGCGUUGCCGUACCUGCGACAGCGACAGGGUAACAUCAUAAAUGUUUCCAGUCUGGUGGGAACCAUCGGGCAGAAAGAUGCUGCACCGUAUGUCGCCACUAAGGGGGCGAUAAUCUCCAUGACAAAGGCGAUGGCUGUGGACGAGAGUCGCUACAAUGUGAGAGUCAACUGCAUCUCUCCAGGUAACGUGCUGACGCCUCUGUGGGAAGAAUUAGCAGGACAGACUCCAGACGCAGCAGCCUCCAUUAAAACGGGAGAAAACGCUCAGGCACUCCAUGGACGACUUGUUCAGGCCCUCCCCUUUCCCAUUGGCUCCCUGCGGUUUGCCAGCUCCUUUAAGGCAGCAGAUAUCAACAUCGAACGCAACACAGCAUGCAAGCCCAGGCCCGACCCCUCCACCUUGGUGUUCGGCAAACAGUUCUCCGACCACAUGUUGACCAUCAACUGGUCGGAGAAGGACGGCUGGGAGGUUCCACAGAUCAAACCUUUCGAGAAUCUGUCGCUGCACCCUGCCAGUUCUGCCCUGCACUACUCUAUAGAGCUGUUUGAAGGCAUGAAGGCUUUUCGUGGCGUCGACAACCACAUCCGUCUGUUCAGACCCAUGCUGAACAUGGAGAGGAUGCACCGGAGCACCGACAGAAGCUGCCUUCCUCUGUUUGAUAAAGGUGAACUGCUGGAGUGCAUCAGGAAGCUGGUGGAGGUCGACCAGGAGUGGGUCCCUUACUCCCAGGACGCCAGCCUCUACAUCAGACCCACCUUCAUAGGAAUUGAGCCAUCCCUUGGUGUGUCUCGGCCAGGAAAAGCCAUGAUCUUUGUCAUCGUCGGCCCCGUGGGGCCCUACUUUGCCACAGGGUCCUUUAACCCCGUGUCUCUGCUGGCGGACCCUUCGUUUGUCAGAGCCUGGAAAGGAGGCGUCGGGGCAUAUAAAAUGGGAGGUAACUACGGCCCCACGAUAAUGGUGCAGAACGAGGCGGUGAAGCGCGGCUGUCAGCAGGUCCUGUGGCUGUACGGAGAGCAGGAGGAGAUCACCGAGGUCGGCACUAUGAACCUCUUCAUCUACUGGACCAACGAGAAAGGAGAGAGAGAGUUGGUGACUCCUCCCCUCGAUGGCAUCAUUCUCCCAGGAGUCACCAGACAGUCUCUGCUGGACCUCGCCAGAGCCUGGGGGGAGUUUAAGGUGACAGAGCGUACGAUGAACAUGAAGGAGCUGCUCAAGGCUCUGGAUGGUGGCAGGAUCCUGGAGGUGUUCGGGGCAGGGACGGCCUGUGUGGUCUGUCCGGUGGGCAGCCUCCUCUACAGAGGGAAGACGUAUCAGAUCCCGACGAUGCAGAACGGUCCAGAUCUAGCAAAGAGGUUCCACAAAGAGCUUACUGAUAUUCAGUAUGGACGCAAAGCAAGCGAAUGGGCACCACUCGUUGUUUAAACGGCCAUUUUGCACAUGCCAGUUGUAUCAACGGUUAAUCCCAUAAUUCCAGUUUGGACGACCAGCCCCGUCACCACCACCAUCAUCCCCCUCUUCCUUUCCUCUCAACCCACUAAUACACUCCAGUUUACUCACAAGCCGAGCAGACAGGACGCUUCUCUCUGUCUUCUCGGGCAACUUUCUCUACGGACGCUCAUAGGAAUGCGGUUGGUGGUUUGAAUGUGACGGCUUGCUUAGAGAAGCAAUAUUAACAACAAUAUGCAACGCUUUGACUCAACACAACCCUUAACCUCGAGGUGUGAACAUCAAAAGCAGGAAAAACAGCUGUUAUUGGAGGAAGAAAAAAAAAAAGGAAAAGCGAAUGCAAGAAAACAGACGAUAAAUAUUGAUCAAAACAUAAAGAUGAGCUGUACCUGGUGGUCAUAUCUACUACACUAGUAUGAGUGCAUUCAGAUCUCAUUAGAGUGUCUGUCCUCAUAUUCACUUGCUCAUAGCUAAGAGCACAAACUUUCAUCAUCAUCGACAUUGAAUUCUGGUCUCAAAAGACGCACAAACUGACAUAUUAAUGCUUAGGAAGUGAAGUAUUUGCAAUACUAAAGCAGCUCUGUAUUUGGUGUGUAGGACUUAACAUUAUACAUAUUUUCUAAGUAAUGUUGCUCACCAACAUGUGUAUUUCACAAUACAAGUGUUUCACUUGUAUUAACAAUAAACUGUACCGCUCACCACAACCUGUGGGGAGUUUGCUCCGGAGACUUUUAACUGUUUCAGUGGCAUUAGCUGAAAAUAGAAGGUCAGGUGAAUACCUCUAAACGCAUCAUAGGAUGUUUUGUUACUGUCGUGUUGAUAACGAUCUAUCUGAGAGAGCUGCCGUAGUUCUUCUUGGGGCCAUUCCACUUUGAACACCAGAGUUUGCACUGACCUUGGGUUAAUGUCAGGUUUGUAUCUGAGCGUGACUCAGAUUUUUAGCACGGAUAAACAAACGUUUUUUUUUACAUUUGUUGGUUUUGUUUGUUACGAAUACGACUGCACAACAACUAAAGAUUGAGAUUUUUUUUUAAAUUUUUUUUUUUAAAGAAAAAAAGGCAAGGUCAAAAUGAACGUUAGCACACACACACUCAUAAGUGGUAGGACGACAGAAGGAGGCCUACAUGCUGUAGAAAGGAAGGACUGUUAGAUGCUGACACUUCCUCCUGCACAAGUUACUGUGUAAUCAUUAUGAAAACAAUGUAUAGUAACAAAUAGAAUGUGUUGUUAUUUUAGAGGUUUUUAAAUUAUAUUUUUUUCCUCGUAUUGAUGUGAAAUUAGGAUUUGUCGACUUGUCUUCCAAAGUUCUCGGAUGUGUCACCAGUGUUUUUGCUGUAUCCUCGGCUUCAUGUGCUUCCCUCGCUGGUUUUCCUCUCUUUUGAAUGUAAUUUUAUUUUUACACACAAACUGUACGACACCUGUCCCUCUCUUCUAAGUGCCUGACCUCAGUCUGUUAGCUUGUUGCUGUCAGCUGCUCUUUUAUUUUUCCAGUUUGUGCACUAGGGGAUUUAGCUGGAUUCUUUAAGUAAUGUCAUUUUAGUUCUUGUUUUUUUUUAAAUGUGUUGUUGUUUUAACUCGGCUGUUAUGUCUUUACAUUAAACAUGAUCUGAGUUGA